CGGAAGAGAAACAACACGACGAUCGGAAAAACUCGAAAGAUGCAUUGCGGCGCGGUGGCUAACGGACGGAAUCGACGACUGUUACUUAGCGUAGGCAGGAGCUUUGCCGCCAGAUCAUUUUCUUCUUCUUCCUCGUCUCCAUUAUCCGAACAUGAAUGUUUCAUCAAGGAGGUAGCCAAAGCUCAGCCUCCUCAGCAUUUGACUCAGCUGCUUAGCAUUUUCACAGCUAGAGGCAAAUCCAUAGUUUCUCCUGGUGCCAAGCAAGGCUUGUUGCCUCUUGCUAUUCCAUUGGUGAGAAUGAGCCCAGGUUCUUCAAUCGCUUUACUACGUUGGCCAACAGCUCGUCCUAGUAUGGAGAUGCCUGUGGUGGAAGUUCAGAAACAUGGGGUUUGGUUUUUAGCCAACAAUGUUGAUCAGUUCAUUCACAGAAUAUUGGUGGAAGAAGAUAUCUCUAAACCCGAGGAAUCCAGCCAAGUGAUCUUCGAUGCUGCAGGUGAAGCUGGGAAGAAACUUUACAGUAAAGGUGACUUUGCCAGAUCAGAGCUGAUGGAUUUAGAUCUCUAUCUUUUAAGAAAGGUCGGACUGUUUCCGGAUUCUCUAGAACGCAAAGUUAUUCGACAUAUUGAGAAUGGAGACCAUGUUUCAGCUUUGGUGGCUGCCGAGUUUUAUACGAAGAGAGGAAACUUUCCCGGAUUUGCUCGGCCUUUUGCUUUUAACGCAAAGGUUUUGCUAAAACUUGGGCGUAGCUUAGAAGCGAAAGAUGCGGCUAGGGGUGCUCUGAAAUCUUCGUGGUGGACCUUAGGAUGCAGAUACGAGGAAAUUGCUCGAAUAGCAGAGUGGGGAGAAGAGCAAAUUGUGCAGUACAAAGAAAAAGUUACAGGAGAAGGACGACAACGGGAUAUAUCUAGGGGAAAGCCAAGGGCCCAGGCAUCUUAUGACGAGGCUGGGUUGUUAUUGGAUCUAGCGUCACUUGAAGGGACCUGGGACGAGUCACGUGAACGGGUUGCUCAGUGCUACAAAGAUGCUGGACUAAACGACAUGGCCAACUUUGUUCUGUACAGAGACUGAGAUGUCUCUUUUCAAGAUCACUUGAUCAGUGGUACUGAUGUGGUUUUCCGAGACUUGACAUGAAGUGGAAGGCGAAUGGUAUUUGCAUACUGUGUCCACAUUUGAAAUUUACAUAAACCCUAGAUUCAUUGGGUCAAAAAGAUUACUGAUUGUAUCUUUUUUGAGACUAGAAGUGAAAUGAAACAGAAUGAUCAUCUCA